AUACAAGAUCAGGGCCUAUACAAGAUCUUGUGUUGUGCUGUUCUGCGUGUACACAGUGUGGCUUGGGUUGCCUAUUCCUACAGGGGGAUUUUUUAAUUUUCCUGUAAAAUCAUGAUCUCUAGAGGACUGCCUCCAGGACAUUCUGUGCAAUGAACAGGUUAGCUGUUCACAUCACAGGGUGACUGCAGAUGGCGCUUUUUAUUUGCUAAGUGAGUGGCUGUGCAUGUUUGGAAGGCGGCUGCAAUUGGUUGUGUUCCCCUGUGAAGCUGUGAAUGACGUUGAGCAGAGCUGGGUCUGGUGAUGUCUUCCGGCUGCAAACCAGCACCGUGUAGGAACAGCAGUGGGUGAGAAGCCUGGGUUGUGGAGCCCGAGCCGGCACGGUAGCAGCCGGCAGUGGGGUUGCAGGAGCGGUGAGAGGCCUCGCUAGCAAGACCUAGUGACGUAUGCAAACUCGUCUGGAUUGUCAAGUCAUGUCAGCAGAGCAUCUGAUCGAUACCUGACUGUCCCUGGGGGCUGGUGUGUGGGAAAACUGACCCCCCUCCCCAGUCUACUCCCUGCUGUAUUUUCGUACCAGACGCUCAACCCCCUCCGUCCCUGUUCCUCGUGGAAACUGAUGGGAAUCGGCAGAAAUACAACCACCAAGGGCAGCAUGGAGCCCGGGAGCACCUCCGAUAGCAAGUACGAGGAUGAGAAACACUCAGCUUCAUUCUACCCAGAGCCGGUGGUGAUGAACGGUGCGGUUCCAGCGAGCAGCGAGCAGGACACGGAGGUCACCGAGCUGAUGGCGGUGUACGGCAACGAGAACGGCUCUCCAGAGAAAGCUUCCCUCACUGAUGCCUCCAGCAGCAAGGAAUGCCCGGAACCCCGACAAAUGGACAUGAUCUACUCCAUUGAGGAUGUUCCACCCUGGUACCUCUGCAUAUUCCUGGGACUACAGCACUACCUGACCUGCUUCAGUGGGACCAUCGCUGUGCCCUUCCUGCUGGCGGAAGCCAUGUGUGUCGGCUAUGAUCAAUGGGCCACCAGCCAACUGAUUGGGACCAUCUUCUUCUGCGUGGGCUUGACCACCCUGAUGCAAACCACGUUCGGGUGCAGGCUGCCCUUGUUCCAGGCCAGCGCCUUUGCUUUCCUGGCUCCUGCUCGUGCUAUUUUGGCCUUGGAUAAAUGGAAAUGCAACAACACAGGUCUCCCUUUUCCAAAUAGCUCUGAAUAUAUGGACACGUCACAUAUUUGGCACCCAAGGAUACGAGAGAUCCAGGGAGCCGUGCUGGUAUCUUCCCUCGUUGAGGUGGUGAUCGGUUUCCUGGGGCUACCGGGAGUGCUCCUCGACUACAUUGGCCCCCUCACCAUCACCCCAACUGUGACACUGAUCGGCCUGUCCGGUUACCAGGCAGCAGGGGAGCGAGCUGGCAAACACUGGGGCAUCGCGAUGCUGACAAUAUUAUUGGUGCUGAUAUUCUCUCAAUACGCACGGAACAUCAAACUGCCUCUUCCCGUUUACAGAUACAAAAAGGGGUGGACUGCCUACAAGUUGCAGCUAUUCAAAAUGUUCCCGAUUAUUUUGGCCAUCCUGGUGUCGUGGUUUCUGUGCUUCAUUUUCACGGUGACUGAUGUCUUCCCACCAGACAGUGAUCAGUACGGUUACUAUGCCCGCACAGACGCAAGGAAAGGGGUCCUCGAUGUGGCACCGUGGUUCAAAGUCCCUUACCCCUUACAGUGGGGACUCCCCACCGUGACCCUAGCGGGAGUGAUCGGGAUGAUGAGUGCGGUGAUUGCCAGUAUUAUCGAGUCCAUCGGCGAUUACUACGCCUGCGCCCGGCUGUCCGGUGCCCCAACCCCGCCGAUACACGCAAUCAACAGGGGCAUCAUGGUUGAAGGUUGUUCCUGUAUACUGGAUGGGCUAUUUGGCACCGGAAACGGGUCCACAUCUUCCAGCCCCAACAUCGGGGUGUUGGGAAUCACAAAGGUGGGGAGCAGGAGGGUCAUACAGUACGGAGCUGCGAUGAUGCUUUUGCUGGGGUCCAUCGGAAAGUUCAGUGCUCUCUUUGCAUCGCUCCCCGACCCAGUCCUCGGAGCUCUCUUCUGCACCUUGUUUGGAAUGAUUACUGCCGUGGGAUUGUCCAACCUUCAGUUUGUUGAUCUCAACUCCUCACGCAACCUCUUUGUCCUCGGAUUCUCGAUCUUCUUUGGUCUCAUGUUGCCCAGCUACGUGAAGCGGAAUCCCCUUGUAACAGGUGUUGUUGAGAUUGACCAAGUGCUGAACGUGUUGUUGACAACCGCCAUGUUUGUGGGUGGCUGUGUCGCCUUCAUCCUGGACAACACCAUCCCAGGAACCACUGACGAGAGGGGCAUUUGCAAGUCGAAGAUUGGAAUCGUUGGAUACAAGACCUCAGACAGCAAGGAGACCUAUGACCUGCCCAUCGGCAUGAAAUAUCUCAGGCGAUACAAACUGUUCAGUUACCUGCCCAUCUGCCCGACCUUCACUGGGUACUACUGGCAGGAGUACAGGGAGAAGAAGAACAGUCGGAGGCGGGACGAGAUGCCCGAGUCCACGGUAUAGAGUUGAGGACGCCAUCACUGUUGGCUGUGUCUGUAGAGGCUCCUCCCGUCCAUCGUGUAUUUGUGCCCAAAGCGGAGAAGACAGCAGUGUGGCGUUGCCCUCCCUCCUCUCCACCCUCUGCUCCCUUCUCAACGCAUGUGUGGCCGCACAACUCUCUCUGACGUGUCGAUGGGGAUGGGAGCAGAGUGUUUUUUGCCAUUGCCGGAUUGGCAUCUUUGUCAAGAGUCAUUGCCGGCCAACACUUCAUCCAAGUCAUUGUUGUCUGGGCUGACAAAGCUGUUUUCUAGUGGUCGUGUGCAUGUUGGG